UUAUUUACUUGCUUCAAAAAAACCCAACAAUAAUAUUCGAUCGUAACUCUUAAAUUCAUCAAAUUAUCAAGUUAGGAAAAAUGAAGAAGGCAAUUUCAUUAUCUGGCUCUUUAAAGUUGCAGCCUCCAACUUAUGGUAAACUCAUAACCAUUCUCAGCAUCGAUGGAGGUGGCAUUAGGGGAAUAAUUCCUGCCACUAUUCUUGAGUAUCUUGAAUCUCAGCUCCAGGAAUUGGAUGGUGAAGAUGCAAGGCUUGCGGAUUACUUCGAUAUAAUUGCAGGAACAAGCACAGGUGGUCUAGUCACAGCCAUGCUAACAGCUCCAGACAAAGACAAGCGUCCUUUAUUUGCUGCUAAAGACAUUAAACCCUUCUAUCUUGAACAUGGCCCUAAGAUAUUCCCACAGAAAAAAUCGAUGGUACUGUUUGGAUCAGUAUUGAAAACCUUGAAAUCUCUAACGGGACCAAAGUAUAAUGGGAAGUAUCUUCACCAAGUCAUAGAAGAGAAACUAGGGGAGACUCUGUUGCAUGAGACAUUGACUAAUGUGGUCAUUCCUACUUUUGAUAUCAAGAAUCUACAGCCAACCAUUUUCUCCACUUUUGAGGCCAGAGUAAAACCAUUAAUGGAUGCUCGGCUUUCAAAUAUAUGCAUCAGCACAUCAGCUGCUCCAACGUAUCUUCCUGCACAUUAUUUCCAGACCCAAGAUAAAGAUGGCAACUUUCAUGAGUUCAAUCUUGUCGAUGGUGGAGUAGCAGCUAACAAUCCAGCCCUUGUUGCUACAAGCCAAGUGACCCAUCAAAUAAUGACUGGAAACCCAGAUUUCUUCCCAAUCAAACCCAUUGAUUAUGGAAGGUUUUUGGUGAUAUCUAUAGGCACUGGAUCAGCAAAAGUGGAACAGAAAUAUAAUGCUAAAAUUGCAUCCAAAUGGGGUAUCUUGGGUUGGCUUCUUAAUGGAGGUUCAACUCCAAUUGUGGAUGUUUUUACUCAAGCCAGUGGUGAUAUGGUUGAUCUUCAUAUUUCUGUUGUUUUCCAAGCUCUUCAUUCUGAAGAAAAUUACCUUCGUAUUCAGGUACAAUUAUAUAAGCCUAAAAAUAAAAAUUCUAAGAAGUACUGAUUGGUAUUAAUAGAUGGAUCGCCCUUUUCGUCCUUAAAAGUUGAUCUUUGUUGCCUAAGACCGACUAAGGUUGUAAGGGUCAAUUAAACGGUGGGAACUCCUUUUGGGAACUCCGAUUAACUUAUCUUAUUGGGGUUCUCUCUUCGGAUUGAUUUUCUCAUUUGAUCCUAAAUCAUUCGACAAUUUGAGUGUCUUAACUAUCUUAUUCUUGGCAAGGGCAGAUUUAGGGUACGGAAGGGGUACA